AUGCGGCAACAAACAUGGCAGAAGUGCUGGCUGCUUCUCAUAGCAUCUACACUCGCCCUCUUUGCGGGAGUGACUACAGCAAGUUUGGGUGACCAUCUGCCCGAGUUCAGAGAAUGUGUCGAAGACUGCAAAGAGGCCAAUUGUGGUGAGAAUGGCUUGAGUAUACCACUCCUCCAUCGCCUCCUUCUCUGGACAUGUCCCUCCGAGUGCGACUAUGCCUGCCAACACGUCGUCACCGACCAGCGACUGACACGCGAUCCACCAUACCUAUCGCCCGUCGUCCAAUUCCACGGCAAAUGGCCUUUCUACCGCCUCUUCGGUAUGCAAGAGCCUGCCUCCGUCCUCUUCUCCCUGUUCAACUUCAUGGCCCACCAAAAUGGCAUCAACAAGGUCAAAGAGCAGAUCCCGUCACGAUACGCGCUAAGGAAGUACUACUUGGGGUUUGGAUACUUCGGUCUAGUGACUUGGACCUUCAGCAUGAUUUUCCACAUGAGAGAUAGCGGAGUCACCGAAAAGCUGGACUACUUCGCAGCGGCAGCCAGCGUCAUGUAUGGGAUGUACUACGCACCCAUUCGGAUCUUCAGACUUGAUCGGAAAGACAUAUUCGGUAGCAGGACUGGGACAGUGCUGAGGCUGUGGACAUUACUUUGCCUUGGCCUGUACUCAUGCCAUGUGGGAUACCUCACAUUCAUCAGAUUCGAUUACACUUACAACAUGGCAGCGAAUGUCGUUGUGGGAGUCAUCACGAACGUGAUGUGGACGUGGUUCUCGGUGUCGAGGUUCAGAAAAGUAGGAAGACUGUGGGCUGCUUGGCCUGGGUUGAUUGUCUUCUGGAUCAUCUUCGCCAUGAGUUUGGAGCUCUUCGACUUUCCGCCGUGGUGGGGCAUGGUGGAUGCGCAUGCCCUGUGGCACUUGGGCACAGUUAUACCGACGGUGUGGUGGUACAAUUUCCUGUUGAAAGAUGCUUCCGAGGACCUUCAGGCAGAGAGGUUGAAGCAAUAGUACUGAGCUCUGAGUCCCUCGGCCUACGUCUAUAUCUCAACGUGCUACAGCAGUUGUUCGUGCUGGCCUACCGUCAAGGUUCAAUGCAUGUACACAGCAGAUGCCAGUCAGAUUCAGAUCCUGGGCACCACAACCACAAUCUGGCAGCUGCAUGCCAGUCCGACACCAUUUAUCUAGCAGAUUCUGUCCGACGCAAUAGUACUGUCAACAGACCGACCCUAAUCGAUCAAAGCACUUCCGAGCCGUAUGGCACAAACACAUUGUAAGGGAACGUCUACUCUCUGACGGAACACUGGCCGUUUGCCAGUGAACCUGCUGAAGCUAUUGAUGAGGGAGUUUACCUAUGCUAGACUAUUGAGCGAGCUUCUCUCAUAUUUGAAAGUGCGCCAUGCUGAUCUGAGUACCUGCAUGUACUUUUAAGG